AAGUCAGCGACUGCACCGGGCCCUUGAAUUAGAAGUUAUAUGGGCACGGCGAAUCUAUUGGGAUGAAGCCAACUGAACUGCGUGUCCUGUAUUUGCAGAUUUUGCUGUGCUAUGCUACGGACUUCACGGACGCUCCACGAACGGGCCUGGCCAUCAGAACUACUGACCAUCGUCGCUUGCAGCAUGCCACGCAGGUAUCCACGGAUGUUAUCAUGGAUGGACUCGCGCAUGCGUAUGGAACGACGACGGCCCCCGCCCCCGCUGUGAAAACGGAGUGUGCUGGCUACUGAAGGGCAGUCGGCACCGAGGUUUUUCGUGGGCACGGCAAAUCUAUUAGGAUGAAGCCAACAGAACUGCGUGUCCUGUAUUUGCAGGUUGAUUCUGCUGUCGGGCGUCUUCCGUAAGCAUACGUGUACUUCAGAAAACGCAAUGGGGAUCGGGGGUGAAGGUGGUCAUGCUGUUGCGUGGAGUACGUUCAUUACAAUGGCAGCCUGUGGAAGUGCGUUGAGCCUGCAGAGAAUGGGAAUGACAGUCUGUUCAACACCCCUCGGAUUCGGAGCUCCAAGUGCUGAAGCCUCCUACUCUUUCGUGCUGGCGCCAUCUGGAGCGCUAAGAUUGCAAAAAGAAAGACCCGAGCCUGCUUUCCCCAAGUGAAGGCCAUUCCUGCAUUCCACACAAGAAUAACCGCCAGCAAGAGUGGAUACGUUUGAGUGACGUAAAUAUUGAGAUCCCGACGUUCCUCGUCAGCGUUCCUAGCUGUGUUCCCCACCGAACGAAUUGACACUGAUCCAGCGUCGGCGGGCAUGCUGAAUCUUCUUCGGACGGCGCAGCUGAGUGACAUAUCUCCAAAAGUCUGUUUCAAAAGUACACAAUACAGAUAAGAUAUGGCGUCCAGCAGCAAGGGUUCUGUGGGCAAGCGAGCGGCCACACCGGACCCAGCAGAACUGGCCGAGAAGCCUCCACUGGAGCAGCAACAACAGCAGCAGCAAAGGAAGCAUCGACAACAACAACGGCCUCAGCAACAACGUGAACUACCUCAGCGACAGCAGGUAGAUCAACUGCAGCAACAGCCACAGCAGCAGCCUCAGCAGCAGCCUCAGCAAAAGACCCAGCAACAGCAGCAAGAACAGCGACAAGAUCAGCAACUACAGCCGCCACGGAGCUGCUUGAAACACUCAUCCUCCGAGAAAUACUUCGCUGGGCCCGACGCCAAGCAAUCGAUGCCCACAACACCCGCCAGCUCAAGCGUCCAGAGAGAAACAAAGACGAAGGCAAGCCAUGCAACUGAAGGAGCUGAGGUGGAGGAAGGUGCGGCUGCCGGGACCAGCGCGGCUCCGGAAGACGCCGCUCCCCCGCAAGGGACGCAGGCACCAACAAAAGAACGAAAAUCGGAAGCCGUAGAAACCUUGUGUGUUGUGCACAACCCACCGCCUGUCGGUGUCCACUACUCCGGCUCUGGAUUUCCAUUGUGUACGUGUAAACAAAGGCCAACAUGGUUCGACCUUCUCCUUGGAAGAUCAGCGGAUAAGAGAGGUGACUCGGAGGACAGUAAAGGCUUCCUCCACGGUGACAGCUGCACCUCCAUCGAGGCAAUACAGAAGGUCAACUGGAGCGAGGCUAGCGACGUCGCAUCUGGAAAGCUGCGAACCAUGUUCAGAAAGUUCCACAGCAUGGAAGAUAACAGCAUCCGGAGCGAUGUCUUGCCAUCAACAGCGGAAGCCAUCUGCUUCACUUUUGGUAUACUACUCCUCGUGACAGGCACUGGCGCGCUGCUGUAUUUUGUGUGGGAGGUGGACCACGAGGUGCAAGUGAGCGCAGUGCGCGGGCGCUACGCUGGCCGGACCCGUGUGGUGGGCGCGAGACAGGUGCACGAAUUUCUCGGCAUCAGCUUUGCGCGCGAUCCCGUCCGUAGCAUGCGCUUCCAACAGUCCCUGGCGAUGGACAGGCAAUUUCUUCUCGUCAAGGCCCUCUCGAUGAAGCCGGGCUGUGUGCAGGACAAGGACUAUGCAAUGGCCGACAGAGACCUCCCAGUGACGGAGCGCUGCCUUCACCUGAACAUUUGGACGCCGAAGCUGCCGGGUCGCCGCUGCAUCAGCGAAUGCGGGCUCAGGACAGUGCUGGUUAUGUUUGUGGGCCGAGACUUCCAGUUCGGUAGCAACUCGCACAGCCUAUACAGGGGCGAGCUGCUCGCUCUGCACGCUGAUGCAGUUGUCGUGGUCCCCAACUACCGGCUUGGCCCGUUCGGCUUUCUUAACGGUCGAAUCGUGGACAUAAAGGGCAACGUGGGUCUCUACGACCAGAAGAUCGCACUUGAUUGGGUCCUGGAAAACAUCGAGUUCUUCGGUGGCAACCCAGAAGACAUUGUCCCCGUAGGUCAUGACGCAGGAGCCAUCUCAAUAAUGCACCACCUAUUGGACACGAAGCUACACUGGGUGCAGCGAGUGAAGCGCCUGGUGUUACAUACAUCUUCGUUCUUUCGACCGUACCGGGAGAACACGAAAAAUGCGCUGCAAAAUACUCUGCAUCUGGGUAGGCUGAGCAUGUGCUACCCAGACGAUGGUGUCGACAUGGUGGUCGAAUGCUUGCAGUCUAUACCUGCGAGCCGUCUCAAAGUGGCUGCUCGGCACGCCUACAAAUUGGCACCCGCCUUCGUUCCCUCAACCGAUGGAGGUACCUCGCCUUCGGCUGUUAUUAGGAUUAAAAAUUCGAGCGCCGUAAGGCCCUGGCUAAGGGACAAAGUGUUUCUCCUGGGAAACGUAGCGGACGAAGGUUCCUUCGAAUACUCAAUGAUCCUGAAGAGACUGGCCGACCUAAAAUAUGUUCUUCCGCAAGGAUCUUUCCCAAACGUAACAGCUGAAAUUCUUAACUUUCUCGCUGAACUUCCUUUGGGAGGUCACAUCGAGGAUAUAAUCGGCGAAUACAGAACAGGCUACAGUAAUGAAACUUUCAACGAGGCUGAUAUGUGGAAGAAUAUAUUGGGAGAUAUACUCGUUUACUGCCCUAUGCAAUACUUGGCUGAGAUUCUGUCAGCUCUUGGAAACAAGGUGUAUACUUUUGUCCUGGGCACAGGCCUAGACUUCAGAGGAGGCGGACCUGCACAGCGUUACGAUGACUUGCAUUUCUUGUUCGGGACUCCUCUUCGGUUCAAGGACGGUUAUCACGAGACGGACAAGGAGCGUGCCAUUACAUUCCUAGCAGGCUGGGCGACGUUUGCGAAAACUGGGAAAUUACCAGAUGUAGUUACCAGUCGAAAAGCCUGGCCCGUGUUCAACGCCAAGGAUCCCAAAACAGUACUCAUCAAAUUUGGAGGACAAACCGAAGUCGUCAAAUCGUUUCGAGCCGAACAAUGUGAUUUCUUGAGAGGAUUUAUCCUUCCAAGGCGAAGGAGCUAAUUGCUGGCAAACCUUUCUUUUAUUAUCGCGCGUUCCACAAGGAGGGCGCGGAUAAUUUGGCACGCCAGGUAUCGCAGAAACACUGAAAAGUGUAUCCCACACUGAUUUCAAAACAUUUCUAAUUGAAGCACUGCUACACAUUGAACAUCAGCAAAUUUGUAUUAAACUGUAUACUGCAUCUCG